AUGAGGCUGCUCGUGGUCUGGGGGCUAUGUGCUUUUGUUGCGGUGAGCGUGUGGGCGUUGCCCGAGGGGGAGAUGAUGGAUGCCAAUCUGUUGGUCGAUGCGAGCGGAGCGCUGCACUUCAACACCAGUGGGGCCGUGCUGCUCAACGGCGUCGAUGUGGCCAGGGCGCUCAGGCAGGCCCAGCAACAGCUUGAGCAACUGACGCAAACGAUGCAACGCUUGCCGUUGAUUUAUGCGCCCGUAAUCAUAUCCACAGACGCCAUUGCCGCCAGCUCAGUGUACGCAGCAGACCUGGAUGGUGACGGGGAUCAAGACGUCCUCAGCGCAAGCCGAAAUGAUAACAAGAUUGCAUGGUACCGCAACGAUGGCAUGGGUGGAUUUUCCGCUCCCAUAAUUAUAUCUACGGCUGCCAUCUCGCCCUGGGCUGUUCACGCAGCCGACUUGGACGGCGACAACGCCAUCGACGUCCUGAGCGCCAGUGUAACUGACAACAAAAUUGCUUGGUACCGCAACAACGGUCAAGGUAAUUUUUCUGAACAGAGGGUCAUCUCCACGAAUGCCACCUCUGCUCGCGCCAGCUUUGCCGCUGAUCUGGACGGAGAUGGAGAUCUGGAUGUCCUCAGCGCCAGUACCAGUGAUGACAAGAUCGCGUGGUAUCGCAACGACGGCAGCGGUGGCUUCUCCAACGAGUUGAUCAUCACCACUUCCGCCCAGAGCGCCUGGUCGGUGGUCGCGGCCGACCUCGAUGGCGACGGAGAUGCUGAUGUCCUCAGCGCAAGUAGCACGGACAACAAAAUUGCCUGGUAUCGCAACAAUGGCAAUGCGUCCUUUUCGGAUCAAAUUGUCAUUUCCACAAACGCUGCUUACGCCUGUUCCGUGUACGCAGCCGACCUGGAUGGUGAUCAAGACAUUGAUGUCCUCAGCGCAAGUUACGACGACAACAAAAUUGCUUGGUACCGCAACGACGGCGAUCAAGGGUUCUCAAGCGAGCUGCUCAUCUCCACAGCUGCCGACGCGGCCUGGUCAGUUUAUGCGGCAGACCUCGACGGCGACGGGGACAUGGACGCUUUGAGCGCAAGCAGAGAUGACAACAAGAUCGCCUGGUAUAGGAACGACGGAAGCGGUGUCUUUACAAAUCAAAUUAUCAUCUCCACAGCUGCCGAUGCGGCCUGGUCCGUGUUUGCGGCCGACCUCGACAACGACGGCAACAUGGAUGUUCUCAGUGCCAGCUCCAAUGACAACAAAGUCGCAUGCAACCCUGAACAAGUAAGAGUCAGCGACCAUCAAUUCUGGCAACCUGCCCUGCCCGAUAUGCACACAAGGCUAAUUCAGCAGAUCCAGCUGAGCAAGCGUGCCGGUAAGUCGGCCCGUAUGGCCGGGGCCGCUGCCCACAAGCAUGAUGCAGUUGGCAGCAGCUGCCCCGCAGUCGACAAAGCCAAGACCGCUGGCCGCCACGGCUACCUGUCCCACCACAACCCCGUCUACUUUUGCUUCCAAUGCGUUCGUUGUCAAAAGAAGCCGCACUGA